CAUCCCGACGAACGCACGCAUCGAGAGACACUACCACCGCGCGACACAAUAUCGCGGCACUACCUCGCGCGCGCGUAAACCAAGAAACCGCUGUGCAAGUGACUGACUACAAAAAAACGCUAAAAAAUUCAAAAAUUUGUGUCAGUGAUCAACAAAUUAAAAUUACAACAGUGUUCAAGUGUGGAUUAUUCUUCGUGAGCAACAACAUGUUUGUGACCAAGUUUUCCAAGAGUACUUUUGGACUUUGAAGUUUUUUUUAAUGAAAAAAUUUGAAAUUUUGGCGAUAUGUGCCCGCUGCGUAAAUUGUGUGAAUCGUACAAUAUUUUCUGACGGCUUUCACGCAAGAAAACAGCGAAAAGUGAAGUGUGCGGAGUGCGUGGUGAAGGAGGACUUUUUCGUGGGCCAAGAUUACGCACAAAAAGGACGCCAAACUGGCGGAGCUAGAGGAUCGCGUCCGCAUGCAGCCCACGGCGACCGCCACUAUCCCGCCGCCAGCGGACAUGGACUUGCAGGCCAUGCAAUCCAUGGAUUGGCUCUUCAAAAAGGAGAGGAUCUACUUGCUUGCGCAAUUUUGGCAACAGAGAGCCACGCUGGCUGAAAAGGAAGUGUCGACGCUCAAGGAGCAGCUCGCCACCGGCCCGUCGGCGAAGGACAGCUCAAGCGCCGCCACCGCUCCUUCGACGCCCACGCACAACAACGAAGCGUACCACAAAGAGAUGGAACGCAACGCUUACGAGAAUGAAAUCGCUGCCAAAGAAAAAGAGAAUACACAGCUGCUGGAAGAGGUCCAACGACUGCAGGUGAGCAUCACGAGUUCCAUGUCGCAGAUCUCACGUCUCGAGGAGCAGCUCGAGCAAAAGCGGCAGCUGAUUGCGCGGCUCGAGACCAAAUUGGACGCUCAGCGCGACUAUGAUGACCUCAAACGUGAACUGAGUAUAUUAAGGACGGAAAUAGUGGGCAUCGAAAAAUCACCUGCUAACCUCGUCGAGGCUCUUAUCGAACGCUCCAAACAACAACAACAACAACAACAACAGGAAAGAUGCAGUUCGCCAAACUCAGACACCGAAGGUGUGACCAAACCUCCCCUCGGUAACAAUCUUGACGCUCACCUAACACUACCACCAUCCCUCCCCGCCCGGAUGCAGAAUGUCGAGCAGUUCGGCGUGCUGCUGGGCGAGGAGAUUGUCGCCAAAUGGCGGCGUUCGCUGGACGCCUCACUCAUUUCCUCCUCAUCUGCAGAUGUCACACCGGCAACGCCAACGCGUUCGCCACCGCCGCCACCGGUCGCCGCCAAAACUUCGGUGACGCCAUCCGUGACGCCAACGCCGACGCAGGUGGCCACCCCGCAUCCCGCCACUACACCCGCUUCGCUAUCAUCUGCCAAUACGGACGCCAAGUCAACAGCAUCCACUCCACAACCCAUGGAAGCGCAGCCAUCACCGCUCGCACUCAAUGGUGGACCUAAAUCUCCAGAGGACAACAACAAUCACCAUCUGAGCAAUAAUAACCUUCCACCUAUGGCGGCGAGUGCCACCGCCGCUAUGCUCAAUAUGAACUUCCUGCGGGCGAGUGGAGGCGCACCCGAUGAUCUCAAACCCACCUAUCGCUUUGAUGACCCACAUCGCACCUAUCGCUAUGCUGAGGAACUUGGACUUGCGCCUGGUAGUAUGGUCUCACGACUUGGCGAAAGUUUGAUCCCGAAGGGUGACCCCAUGGAGGCUAAACUCCAGGAAAUGUUGCGGUACAAUAUGGAUAAAUAUGCCAAUCAGAACCUGGAUACGCUGCACAUAUCACGCAGAGUUCGGGAACUGCUUUCGAUACACAAUAUUGGCCAGCGCCUUUUUGCCAAAUACAUUCUGGGGUUGUCUCAGGGUACAGUAUCUGAACUUCUGUCGAAACCCAAACCAUGGGACAAACUCACUGAGAAGGGAAGGGAUAGUUAUCGCAAGAUGCACGCGUGGGCUUGUGAUGAUCAUGCUGUCAUGGUUCUCAAGUCGCUUAUACCAAAGAAAGAUUAUUUUUCGUCCUCAGGCAAAGAAUCCAGCGGGGGCGCGAUGCCGCCAUUUGGUGCCCGGCCAGAUGCGGAUCUCACCGAUGAACGCCUAGCGCAUAUCCUCACUGAGGCCCAGCACAUGCAGAUGAAGAAUGCUGUUCAGGAACCGGAUAGCUUCAGCAAUGAUGAUUCCAAGUCCCCGCAUGGUCAGUGUUUGUCGCCGUUCAGCAAAGACUCCUCACAGAACCGUCGCCUCAAAAAGUAUGAAAACGAUGACAUCCCUCAGGAGAAGGUCUACAAGAUCUAUCAGGAGGAGCUUGCCAAAAUUAUGGGCAAGGAUAUGCGUGGCGCUGGUGCAUUCCAAGGUCUGUUUCUUCCGCAAUUGUUCAGCGGUAAUCCUUUAGAUCGCACCCAGGAUGAGAUCCGGAUGACUCUUGAGGCGUACCACAGGGAGAUGAUCAAGUUGAAUCAAGGACCUGGGUUGACCAAUCUGGGGAUUUUGGCACUGCAGCAACAAGCUCAAGCUUUCGCACAGCAAAACCCUUUGAAUGGUGGUGUUCAAGACUUGUCCAUUCCCAAAGAGGUCAAGAUUAAGAACGGAGAUGAAAAGGAGAAGAAUGACGAGGAUAAACACAACAGUUCUGCGUUUAGUUUGGUGCGACCCAAACCGGAACCCACAACGCCGCUGCCAAACUCAACAGCGUCCAGCCCACUUGGAAAUUCUAUUCUUCCACCAGCUACAUCCGAGGAGUUCUGUGCUUCUUCUGUGGCGUCGCCGUUACAACGCAUGGCUUCCAUUACAAACUCCCUUAUCUCACAACCUGCUUCCCAGCCGCAUCACAACUCAUCGCAGCGUCCCCUCAAGGCCGUCCUUCCACCCAUCACUCAGCAACAGUUUGAUAUGUACAACAACCUCAACACUGAAGACAUUGUCAAGAAGGUCAAAGAGCAGCUCAGUCAAUAUUCCAUCAGCCAACGGCUUUUUGGAGAGUCUGUUCUGGGUUUAUCUCAAGGUUCAGUCAGUGAUCUUCUCGCGAGGCCAAAGCCCUGGCAUAUGUUGACCCAGAAGGGCCGAGAACCUUUUAUCAGAAUGAAGAUGUUCUUGGAGGAUGAUAAUGCUGUACAUAAACUGGUCGCCAGUCAGUACAAAAUUGCCCCUGAGAAGUUGAUGAGAACAGGAGGGUAUGGUGGAUCUUGCUCUACCAUUAGCAAACCUCUACCGCCAAAGAUGAUUUGCGAAGCUGCAGCUGCUGGUUUAUUCAAUAAGAUGCAGCAGGAGCAGCAGAAUCUGCUACCGCCCUCGUUACAUCUUCAACAUCAAAACCCACAGCCACCACCACCUCCAAUGUUACUUACACCUCCUGGAGUCCCACCUCAUCAUGCUAUCAGCUUGCAGAAUAGUGCGGCUGCAGCAGCAGAGCAUAUGAAGAAGACCCAGAGUCCCCACAUUCAACAUUCCCCAGUUGGUUCAGCUCAGAGUGCGAUGCGUAGUCUUCAUCAACACAUUUCUCCAAGUGUUUAUGAAAUGGCGGCGUUGACGCAAGAUCUGGACACGCAGAUUAUCACGACAAAGAUAAAGGAAGCUCUUUUGGCUAAUAACAUUGGACAGAAGAUUUUUGGCGAGGCUGUUUUGGGGCUUUCUCAAGGAUCAGUCAGUGAAUUGCUGUCUAAACCAAAACCCUGGCACAUGCUGAGCAUCAAAGGCCGUGAACCUUUCAUCAGGAUGCAGUUGUGGUUGAACGACGCCCACAAUAUUGAUCGCCUUCAAGCACUGAAGAACGAACGUCGUGAAGCUAACAAACGCCGUCGUUCUUCGGGAGCUGGUGCCCACGACAACAGCUCAGACACAUCUUCCAAUGACACUUCAGAGUUCUAUCAUUCUAACUCACCUGGUCCCGGACCUCCAUCUGCCAAGAAACAACGCGUGCUCUUCAGUGAGGAGCAAAAAGAAGCCCUUCGAUUGGCAUUCGUGAUGGAUCCCUAUCCCAAUGUGACCACCAUCGAGUUUCUGGCGCAGGAGCUCAACCUUUCCAGUCGUACUAUAACGAACUGGUUCCACAACCAUCGCAUGCGUCUCAAACAACAGGUCCCGCAUGGUCUAGCGAAUGACCUGCCGCCUAGGGAUCAAACCGGUGGCCAACCCCCCUUCGACCCGAUGCAAUUCCGACUGUUACUCAACCAAAGACUCAUAGAAUUAUCGAAAGAACGCAUGGGUCUUGGGGGCGUCGGUCUGCCCUACCCACCUUAUUUGGCAACCAAUCCAAAUCUGGCGGCGCUGAUCAGCCGCGGCAUUCUUCCCACAGGCGAUGAGCUUGCCGCCCUGAACAACGCCGUCAAGGAGCAGAUAAGCGGGUUGGACCUCUCCAUGGGUAACCUCAAGCGUGAACCGGGUGACUUUGAUGAUGAAGAUGAAUGUGAAUCGAACGCCGGCUCCGAGGACUCAAACAUUUCCAGCCGAUCGAUGCACCACCAAGGUGAGCCCAAACCAGAACCCAAAGAAACCCCAGUUCAAGCGCGCUCCUCACGACGGAAACCCGCCGCUCCCCAGUGGGUUAAUCCCGAAUGGCAGGACGAGAAGGAGAAACCCGCUACCGGUGAUGAAGUCAUCAUCAACGGUGUCUGUGUGAUGCAAACCGAGGACUACGGUCGACGCAACUCCGAAGAAACGGUUCGCGUUGAACCAACACCCGUGAUGGACCGAUACGAAGACGAUCAAAGUGAUGCCUCUUCAGUACGAAGUCAACAGGACCCGAUGGAGAUCAAGAGCGAACGUGAAGAUCCCGAAACCGAAGAAGCUGACGUUAAAUCCGUCAAAAACGAAAAUGACGAAGAACGGUGGGACUACUAAAUACGUAGCUGAAAAAUAAACAAAAAACAAUCAAGUGAUUUCGGUUUAAGUUUAAUCUUAUUUAUUCUUACUCUUAGUGAACUCACGUGCAGAGAUAAUAGACUCUGAUCUCAGAUAUCAAAAAAGUGCAAUCAUUCAUCGACAUACACACACGAAUAACGAAGGCGUUGAACAAAAAUGAACGAUGAUUUAAACCCCUCUUCCUUAAAGGAACCCAAACGCGCCGUUUUAAGGAUACGACCUCUAAUUUAAUUAAUUCUACGAAAUAAAAUAUCUACGAUACAAAUUUUGUGAUUAGGUACUUCAAAAUACCAAACGAUUAGUUGUAAUUCAUCGUUAUUAGUUAUUAAAUUAGUGCUAAUUUAAGUUGAGACAUGUGCGCAUGCAAAAAACACACACACAAAAGGCUAAAAUUAUCCCCCUUCGAAACAAACUCCAAAUAUUAUGUUAGUUUCGCUAAGUAUAUCGAAUAAUUUGGCGGGAGCGCGCGUGUUGCAUCAACGAAAUUCUGUUAAAUGAACAAUCCGUACUUUUUCAUUUUUCCAAGAAAGAAAACACUAAAAGUCUAUCAAAAAACCUCUGAGGUUCAUUGGUGGGACAUGCACGUUUACUCUGCCAAGUGCGUAAGUUAUUCAUUUUGUUUAAUUUUUAUUUAUUACUUUAAGAAGAACCAAGUUCAUCGCAAUGAAUGAAAUUUCUGCAUUCGAUUUGGACGCACACACAUUUCACAAAAGCAAAAGCAAAAUGAAACACGAUUUGUUUUAUGUUACGAUCGACGCGAGCUCGAUUGAUUAUAGUUGACGACUUCAUUGAUUAAUGAUUAAUGAUUAAUUAUUAAAAAGACUGUUACCGUAUGUUUAUAGAGAAAUGAGAAAGUAUAUUAUAAAAAAGUGUAUAGCCAAAAAUCGCAAACAAAAAACCAACAACAACACACAAAACGAAAAACUUAAUCAAAAUGCAUAAAUAAUUAAAUAAAUAAAUAAAAUGCGCGCAAAACAAGUAAUAAAUUAAGUGUAAGGGCUAUUAUUAUCUUAGUUAUCUAAUUUUUUAUCACAUGAACCGACGAAAACAAAGAGAAUGGUGGAAACUGAACACAACACAUGAAGCAAAAAGAAAAUUGAAUGUUUGAUGAAAUGAAACAUUGUGAUAUUUGCUUAAAUGAUUAAAUUAAUCGUGCUUUAUAUGAGAAUCAUGAAACAUGAAAACAAAUGUAUGUAGAAAUCAAGAAAACACACACCCACACACACAGAACACAAGAAACAAGCAUGAAAGACAAAUUACGUUUAAGUUUAAUUUGAGAAUCGUUCGAAAUGAGGAAAAAAGGCCAAAAAGUAACGCAAUUUACAAGUACUACACUUAAGUUAGGCUAAAAAAAUUAAAAUAAUAAAUCAUGAUAUGAUUAUGAUAAUGAUGAUCAAAUAGUCUUUAAUUUUCACGAAUCACUUCCAAAAAAUGUAAAAUUAGUACAUAUUGAACAAGAAAUUCUUGCAAAUUGUUUUGUACAUAAAUUUCUAGGCAGUACAUAGCUACAAAAUAAUAAACGUUCGAGAAAACAAAUUGAAAACAACAAAAAUCAACCAACAACCUGAAACUGAUCUUUGUCUUCUAGUCUACGUUUACAUUCUACACCGAAAUCCCCUCACAGAUACACACAGCCAGGCCAGUAAUAAACCGUUCAGUUUGUGCUGAUUCACUGAUUCAUAUUUAGAGAAACUGAAACAUAAAAAGAACUUGUACAUACAUGAUGGAGAAGAUCUCAGCGUUCAACACUUACGCCUUAGUUCUGGGCGUUUCUACAGAGGCAUAUCGUAGUUAAGAAUUGUAAAAUUUAUAAACAAAAGGCAAAUAAAAUUAAAAUUUAAUGGUAGCUUUGAGACUUUGAGAUGAGUAACAUGAACCGAAACGUAUAAUAACUGACGAAAAACGAAUCAAAAAUGAUUGUGCAUAAAACACGUUUUAUCUCUACAUACAUUCAAGUACAUUGUCCAUAUAAAGUACUACGCAAACAAACAAACAAACAAAAACUGUUUUCUAGUGCAAUACGUUUAGAAUAUUUAGCUUGUAAAGAUCCGAGAACGUUUGUGAGAGAAAAACCAAGUCGUUUUCCCGAAAAGCUUUGUGCAUGAACAAAACAAUGUAAAACGUAAAAUUAUACGUAAAUAUUUAUCGACUCGAUUGCGGUCGAUAGUGAAGCGCUAAAUUUUUAGCUAGCCAGACAAACAAACAAAAUAUAUAUUGUAAAAUAAAAUUUAUUAUCAUCGAUGGUGCGUGAAUGCAGUCUCCACUUUUGAAUAAUGCAUGUAGACACUCACACACUGAAGAAGGAGAAACCAAGAAAUACAAAAAAAACGUACAUAAACAAAAAUUAUAACGUUAUAAUUAUAAGUAAUGAAUAUAAAUAGCUGAGGCAUGUGAGAACAAAGUACGACGACGUUUUUUUCUCGGUUCGUUUUUGAUUUUGCAGUCGAAUUGUACUUCGACUUGUACACCGACACACACGCUUAAGUUUAAGUCAGGCAUUAAUCAUUUACCAUUUUUGCGACGAGAAUGCGAAAUGAAACAAAUAAGAAUGGUUGUUAUUUUGAGUGCGGGAGACAUUGAAUGCAGCGAACGCAGAUGAAAAUCAAGAUGCAAUACAAGAACGCCGUUUAUCUGAAACUUAAAAUCAACAUUUGUUUUGUAAAAUAUUGUCUAUAGGAAGCAGUCGCACAUUCGAGAAAUGCCUCUCGCACUUCGUUUUAUUAUUAUAAGAUAAUAUCGAUUAUCGAUUUAUUUAUAUAUAUAAAUAUAAAUACUUAGCGAAGAAAAUGAAUUAAGAUAAAAUGAGGACAUGAAGCAAAACGAUGAGAUCGUAGAUCUUAAUGAAUCAUUAUUCUGUAAAUAUUUAUAUUAUCAUAUCAUCUUUUGAAGUUUCUAAAUUAAACAUUUCUCUGUAUUUAAA